AUGGCGUUGACGUCUGGUCACAGCGAGAAGAGGCUCGGAGACAAUCGCAGCGUGGCACCUUUCGCAGCCGAGGCCUCAGCGCUGGAAGUUCUGGCUUGGAGCUGUUCACUGGCGCUUGUGAGCGCACAAGCGAUCACGAGAAGGCGGACCAUCGGCAUUUGGGUGGCCCGGAGGGCGGACGAUGGAUGUGCGCUCCCACAUUCCAGCACCACGAAUCCAGGCAUCGCAAGGACCAAGAGUCUUGAUCGUUCCGAUGCCUGGAUACGUGGUGCUGGAGUGACAUGGCGCGCUGAGAAUUUCCAGCAAGCAGCGUUGAAAGAUGCUUUGGCUGCCAAAGCAGAUGGCCAGAAAGCAUUGACAUUUCUCACGGUCAAUUUGGGCGACCUUGACGUCUGCGGGAGUGAUGACGAGGACAGUCUGCAUGAGGACCGACAUCGUUUCCUUGAGAAGCUGCUUCGAAUGCCAAUGUUGGGCCAAGUUGCGGAAGCAGCACUGCGGGUGUUGUAUAAAAAGAACGGGGCAGGGGUGCCUGGUCCUCCCACCAAACGUCUCACACUGACUUGA